AUGGUCAAGAAGAAAGGAAAGUCUAAGCGUUUAUCACUGCAUAAGAAAUACAAGAUUGCUCGUAAGGUGCGCGAGCAUAAGCGGCAGGAGCGUAAGGCGGAAAAGUUAAGUCAACACAAGAAGAAAAAGGAUCCAGGAAUUCCUAAUAAUUGGCCAUUCAAGGAGGAGUUAUUACUGCAAGUCGAACAGGCACGUUUGGCCGAAAUUGAUGCCCAGCGUCUUGCACAACAACAACGAAAAGAGGACAAGAAAAAGGCUAAACAGCUUGCAAAGCUCCAGCGUUGCAACGACAUCGCCGCUGUCACUCCGCUUAGCAUCGAGCUACAGGCUAAAAAAGACCUUAAACAUGCCGUGCAAUCGGCUGAUGUGGUGUUUGUUGUGCUAGAUGCCCGAGAUCCACAGGGUUCUCGAUCUCUCUCACUUGAAGAUGGACUUGUGGCAAAGGGAAAAAAGAAAGUUGUGCUUGUACUUAACAAGAUUGACCUCGUGACGGCCGAUACAGCGCAAAAGUGGACCACGUACUUACGUCGAUUCCAUCCAACCAUCCCUGUGCGUGCUUUGAACACCCAAAUCUCAGACAGCACCAGAAAGACCAAGCAGGAAAAGGGUCACAAAGCGUUGUACGAUCGCCAACAGGAAAUCAGUGGUAUGCGCGACAAUGGAGAGGUGCAACCACUUCGCGUAUUUCUAGACGAAUUGGCCAAUAAGUCGGACAAUUCUAUCCGAAUCGCUAUUGUGGGGUACCCUAAUGUAGGCAAGAGCACCCUCAUUAAUUCAAUCAAACGUCGCCAGAUGGUGAAUGUAUCCAGCAGCCCACAGUCAACUAAAACAGCACAAGAAGUCCACUAUGGAGGAAAGAUCAUGCUUAUCGACUGUCCUGCUCUUGAUCCAGCCUACAGUGACGAGUCAUCUGCCAUUUUACGUCACGGAAUCGCUGGUGUUUUUGUGGAAGACCCUGUUCCAGUUGUGAAAAGUGCGAUUGAGCGUGCCGACGCUCUGAAUCUUAUGCAUGCGCUGCAGAUCCCUGUGUUCCGCGAUCACGAAGAAUUCUUAGCCAAGCUGGCUAUUAAGCGCAACAUGCUGCGCAAGGGCGGCGAUCCAGAUAUUCUUACGGUAGCACGAGUGUUCUUGCAGAAUUUAGGUAAAGGUGUGUUUAGCCCGUCGUGCUUACCACCGGCUAAAUCAAAAUCGCGAUUUGAGAUGCCUUCAUGGUAUAAGGAAUUGGAUCUGUCAAAGCUUCCUGAUGCUGAAACAUUGCUCUACAGUUCGAAUCCGACUGGCCACAAGCGCGUGCUUACGUUCAAGGCGUCUCCUGCUUCCCACGUUGCUGGCGAGACGACUGAAUAUGACCUCAUAAUGGGUAUGCUACCGGAAAACGACGGUCUUACAUCGGAAGAAGAGGAUAGUGACGACAACGAUGGCGACGAUGGCGACGAAGACGAAGAUGUUGUUAUGGAUGAGAAAUAA